AGUGUUCAAGAGCAAAUUAAAGGAAUUAAUAGAAGAUAUUGAUAAACGACAUAUUAUGGGAGUUUAUGUUGCUUACGUUUACGUAAUAGAAUUUCAGAAAAGAGGACUUCCGCAUGCGCAUAUGUUGAUUUGGUUAGAAGAAUCAGACAAAAUAUUGGACCCUGCAGCAAUCGACCGUUUAAUUUCAGCAGAAUUUCCCGACCCUAUCGCGCAUGCCAACUUGCACGAAUUGGUCAAAGUACAUAUGCUUCAUGGACCUUGUACCAGUGCUCGAUGCUUAGAUGAAGAAGGACAUUGCAGCAAACAAUUCCCGAAAUCUUUGCGUGAAGAUACCUUAUACAAUCCCUCUGGAUAUCCGUUAUAUAAAAGACGGCCAAUAGAAACACCUAUACAUAUAGGUCGAAGAACGGUAGAUAAUAGUUGGGUUGUACCAUAUAACGCUUAUCUACUUGAAAAAUACGAAGCUCACAUUAACGUGGAGGCUUGCUCUUCAAUGAAAAGCGUAAAAUAUUUACUUAAAUAUAUAUACAAAGGAUUUGAUAGAGCUCAAAUUGUCGUACGAACCGUGGAAGAAGACGGUCAAACAACAACUAUCCAGGAACCUAUGUACAACGAAAUUCAAAUGUUUCUGGACGUUCGCUAUGUUAGCGCGCCUGAGGCGAUGUGGAGGAUUUAUACAUUCGAAAUGCACGAUAUGUCUCAUGCUAUUAUUAAACUCUUUGUACAUCUUCCGAAUAUGCAACAAGUCUAUUUUAAUACAAAUAGUACCAUUCCUGACGUCGUAGAAAGGGCCGCAACACAACACACUACGUUAACAGGAUGGUUCGCCUUAAAUACCCAAGAUGAAGAAGCUAGACAAUACACAUACGUACAGAUACCUUAUAACUAUGUGUGGAAAAUAACACAAACAAGAAUCUGGGUAGAACGUCAACGUCAUCAAAAUAUCAUUAUCCUUGAUUAUAUACGACGCUUAAAUGAUAACGACCUAGCCUACAACUAUGCCUUGGCUUACAUCAAUCGAUACCUAGCACUACAAGGCAAAUCAAACAGAGACUUUCAACUGCUCUUACCCACUGGACCAGUAGAACACCUAAUCGAAGAUGAAUACGAUUAUGAUCAAUCAGAAGAACAAGAAAUUGCUAAUAGGAACAUUCCCCUUUUAAACCAAGAGCAACGACGUAUUUUUACCGAUAUACUUUUAGCCGUAAACGAAAAUGAAAGAGUUUCACAUCGUCUUUUCUUUAUUAAGGGAAUUGGAGGUGCAGGAAAAACAUUUCUAUUGAAUACACUACUGACUUACCUACCAGGAAAUAAUCACCGUUACAUUGCUAUCUGUUAUACAGGUAUCCCAGCCAGCUUACUGAUAAAUGGCCAAACGAUUCAUCCUGCUUUUAUGUUACCGGUUCCAUUUCUAGAAAAUUCAACGUCAAGGAUUCGCAAUCAGAGUGCGAUUGCUGAUAAUAUUAGAUAUUCAAAAAUUAUUGUCAUUGAUGAAAUAUCGAUGGUACAUAAAAGUAUAUUUAAUGAAAUAGGUAGGAAGAUAAGAGAAAUAAUGAACAAUGACAUUCCACUUGGCGGCAAGAUUAUUAUAAUUCUAGGCGAUUUCAGGCAAUGCGCACCUAUCGUUCCAUUGGCCGGCAAAAAUGAAACUAUUUCUGCAUCAGUGAAAUGUUCCCAACUAUGGCAACACUUUGUUAAGUACGAUCUUCUUACGAACGUUAGAGCACUGCCACAGCAAAACGAGUUCAAAGAUUGGCUCAUGAUCAUAGGAAAUAAUUCCAAAAUUUUACGUCACUUAGAAAAUGGCAGAGAUACUAUAGUCAAAGUUCCUAACCAUAUUAUUGUAGAAAAUGUUACUGAAAGCAUUUACGGUAGCAAUUUAAUUGAACACGAUUUCCGUUAAACAUUCAUGUGAAGGAUAUCAAUGCAGUUGUUUUAGAAAAACUGCCAGGCAGAUCACGACAAUAUAUAGUGUUGAUAGUAUUAUCCGAGAAGACGAUACAACUGAAAAUGCUGCUGAUGAUUUAGAUUCCGCAUGUCCACAAGACUUUUUAAAUUCUUUGGAUGCUCCAAGACUUCCUCCCCACAUUCUUACGCUAUAGAUUGGUGCAGUUAUCAUUUUAACGAAGAAUUUAGAUCUAAAGAGAGGU